ACCUUCGUGAAAGAGGAGAUUAGUCGUUGUUUUGGUUUGUGCCGAAGUCGGUCGGAGGUCGAAUGAUCGCACAAAUUUUAAUUAAAAAAUCAUAAUGGGAACGAUCAAAAUAGAAGGCAUCGAAAUUUAUCCAGCUCAGACAGAGGGCAGCCCUGAUGUGUAUUCUGAAAGUCCAUUUCGCCUUGCCAAAGCAAAGUAAGUUGCCGACGUGACAGAGGCCAAAGUUUUAUUAUUACUUUGAGUUUGAUCUUAGUCCCAACUAUUGAUUGUCGUGUUGGAAAGUACCAAACUUAUUAAGGGGAGGGGCCAGGCCAGGCCAGUUUAAUACAUGCCGCCGCGCACAAAAAAAUCACGCCAUAAGUCGUGUGUAAACACGAGCGACCCACUACUAGUUAGAAAUCCACUGCCAAAUGCAGUUCAUGGUGCGAGAUUAGUAUACUAUUAAAAUAACCUAGUUACAACUAUACAAGUUUACAAUUUUACAAAAACUUUUGUUUUUAAUUUUACUUUAAUUUUUUUAAGGUGAUUAGGGACAGCAUGGUCAUGGACAGACAGCAAUAAUUUUCCGUUUCUAAAAUUGCCUUUUCCGUUUCAGAAAAUCUUAAAUUCCGUUCCAGCAUGUCUGAAAAUGGAAAUGCCGUUUCCCCAUAUAGACUUUGACUUGUGUACAUGAAAAAGUGACUAUUCCGCUUACAUGGAAAAUCAAUGCGCAAUAUGACUCAUUGAAUGAGUCGCGAUGUCAAAAUGCUCACGCUUUAAAAUCGAUUUUAAUCGAAGAGAUUCGAGUACAAAAACUAUCUAAAGAAACAUAAUCAACAUGAAUACAUCCUCACCUUUCAUAUAGCAUUAUUUUAUGGUUAAAUGAGAUUUUAUCGCUGAUUUGGGGACUUUUUCAGUUUUGGACAUCGUGUUGAGCAGUCGACGACUUUCGCCUAUCCGCCAUUUUGUAUGUGUUGAAUAUACUGCGAUCAUGAUUAUGACCAAACGCAGAGUGCAGCAACGCACGGCCGUGUUUCUGCCUUUGUAGUUUAUGCAGACGUGAGUGUAAACUAAUUUCGAUACGAUAAAGCGAUGGAGGGGCUCGAGUGCAAUGUGUGGAUUGUCAUGAUUGUUGUAGCGAAGUGAGAUCGUGUUUUUUUUCAGUUGAUAUUUGGAUUUCGAUGAGGAUUCUGGAGUAAUUUAUGUUGCUAUUCUGUGCAUUUUGAGAAAAAAUAUGUUUUCCGUGAUUUUCCGUUUGAAAAGCCACUUUCCGUUUCAAAAGGCCGAUUCCGUGAAUUCCGUCCAUUUUGUGCGAUCAUGGAAAAUCACUGUCCCUACAGUUUUACUUUUAGUGUGAGUGGGCCAGGUCAGGUGCACUCACAGUCGCACUAGACCUAGGCCUAUAUCAAUUCGAGGUUAGCUAUAUAGAUACGAGCACAGAUGUUUUGCUCUUUGUAUUUCAAAUUUCUUUUAACAGCAUUGUUUUCCUCUUACUUAGUCUUUAUUUAGUUUACUUUUGUAGUAGACCCUAUUUGCAAUUUUAAUUUUAGGAUACAAUUCAUACAGAAGUACUGCAAAAUGUCAUAUGACCAAAUUCUGGGCAGUGUGACUGAAUAGUGAAUUGCUGAAUAGUACUCUUCCUUUUUUCUGGAAUUUUUCCUUCAGCAUCAAUUCAUAUUUUCUUUGCCUCGUUUCUUUGAAAAUCUGGGAGAGGAACAUUUUUUUUUCUUUAUGUUGAUAAGUUUAUUAAUAAAUUGAUUGUUAAUUGAUUUAUAAAUUGAUUGAUUGAUUGUUCCCUUACUUAAACUACGGUGUGCUUGCCUGGGGCAACUCACUUAAAACGCAAUUGCAAAAAUUAUUCAUUGUUCAGAAGAGAGCUAUUAGAAGUAUAUGUAAUGUCAGUUAUCGUGCCCAUACAAAUGUUUUAUUUCAUGACAAUCACUUAUUGAAAGUGGAAGAUAUUUACUUUAUGCAGCUAGGAUCUCUUAUGUAUGAUUUUGAUUCAGGAAGUCUCCCUUCAGCCCUGGCACUGGUAUUUAAGAAAAAUAGUCAAGUACACAAUUACAAUACUAGACAAUCUUCCACUCUCCAUAUAUCUCGUGCAAGAACAAAGUUCACUUUGGGCACUCUAGUUUGCACUGGACCCAGAUUUUGGAAUGCACUUGCCGGGGGAUGUUAAGUAUUGAUAAUUUAGCAUUAACUGAUAAAUAACACAAGAAAAAUAGGCUUUACGAAUCACUUCCAUAGUUUCUCAGUAAAUAAGAUUUCAAUUUUCGUUUAAACACUGUAGAGCUGACAGCAUGUGUAAUGUCAGGGGGCCCCCCUUUCCCGGGCCUGGCUGGUCUCUGUCCUCAUAUCCCCUUUUUGUCCCUUUUGUACAUAAAUGUGUCCCUCUUCUCUCCCCGCCUCUCUCUUUAGAAGUUUAGUUAUCAUAUUAUAUUAUAUUGCCAUUUCUUUGUUGUUUAUCCAAUGUUCUUUGAAUUCGUAAUGAGGAACCUUAAUUUACAAGCAUUGCUUCACUUAGGUCUCCUCGUCUUCCUUUAAAAUUAUUUCUUUUCUGUCUUAAGCUGUAUAAUGUAUUUAAAAACAAUGUUUUCUGCAUACUCUGUUUUAUAUAUACCUGUAUGUUUUAUCAUGUACUCUGCUCAUUGUUUCAUACACACUUAUAUGUUUGUCAUGUAUUCAAACUCAAACUUGGAAGACAAAUAAAAUGAACUUAUGGAUGUUUGGUCUACAUAUUACUGAUUUGCCCUUAGGCUUAAGUGACCGAAUACUGGGCGUUUUAGCCUAGAUCUAGUCAAGCUUGUUCUUAAGUUGAAGCGCCCCAGCAUGAAAUGAAAAUGACAUAGAAAUAGGCUAGAUCUUUAUUACUAAAUGCACCCACAAAUUAUUAGUCAAUAUACCCAUCAUAUUGGCAAGAAUUGUACUUAUCAAGGAUAUAAAAGAGAAAGAGAGCAAUGGGGGAGGUAAAGUCUUUAGAAUACUUGAUUCUGCUACCAAAUGCUAGCUAGUUGUCAGGUUGUCUAGAUUUUGUACAGUAGGUUUAAGGUGAACAUUGCAAUGCCGUAAUGACACAGAAUAGAAUCUCGCUCUUAAUGGCUAAUAAUAUUUUCAAAAAAUCAUUUGUAAUUGAUAACGAUAACAUUUAUUCUAUUGAUGUUUUAAUCAUACAACAAAAUAGUGAAUUUUGUAAAUAAAAACAAGUUAACUAAAUAUUUAUUGGUCUGGAUUUCAUGGUGGCUGGGCGCAUGGGCACAAUAAAAUAAAUUGCCGAAUGAGAUAUUAAACUCAAACUAGUCGUUGAUGAUUCGUAGCAUCUAGUGAGGUGGAUAUUUAAUCAUUGUGGUGUAAUUUACAAAGUGCAAAAUUAUUAUCUUAAUCUUCCACAAAAUAUAUGCAUGAGGCUUGUUCUUGAAGAGUGACUGCAUUAGAUAUUAAUCUAAACAAAUAGGAGAUUCUAGCAUGUCUAUAAAAAGUCUAUCAAAACUCUUUGAUGGGUAAUUUGGCAAAUGGAGAUGCUGCUCACACAUUACUCAGUGUCAUAUGUCAGUACGCAUUAUCAAUUUUUAGAUGGGUGUCCGAUGACGAAGCAUCGAUAUGCAUCGCCUGCAACCAGAGGUUCACCCAGCUAAGACGGAAGCACCAUUGCCGGAUGUGCGGAAGGGUCCUUUGCAGCAAAUGCUGUAAGGAGAAGGUGCCCCUCCCUCAGCUCAGCCUACAUGACCCUGAGAGAGUGUGUGAUAUCUGUCUUCCCGUCACAGAGCUGGUCACCAAGGCACGAUCCGGCUCAACAGCAUUUCAAAUUGAAGCAUCGACUGGUCUCUUGGAGAACGUAUGCGACCCCAAAGGACUUAGAAAGGUUGUUGAACUUGGCGGCCUACAGACCUUGAUCUAUCUAUCGAGGGUCAACGCCCAGCCAGUCAAGAGGGCCUGUGCCUCUGGGAUUCAUACCAUGUCUACCCAUCAACCGUUGCAACAUCUGCUAGCUGAUGCAGGAGCUAUCAAGGCCAUUUGUAGUAUCCUAUCAACAGCAGAUGAAAGUCAAGAAACACUCAUCAUCGAUGCAAUAAGUGCCCUUAUGAUCUUCGUCAAAUCCCCACAUCUCAAGACAAAAGCAAUAUCUGACGGAGCCUUACAACCCGUGUUGAAACUUUGUGGGAUGCAGGCUUCGGAGGCCAUAGCGCUCCUUGCUGUUCGUACGUUGAAUCUCAUCACAGAACAUGCCGGCAAUCAUGCAGCAAUUAUUGAGAAUGACAGAAAUGCCUUGCCACAUCUUCUUUCACUGACCACAUCAAGCGAUGAACAGAUGCAAGAGAUCACAUUAAAGACAUUAGGAGGCUUGUCAAUGGGAACAGACUGGCAUAGACAUAGAAUAGUACAGGAGGACUUUUCAUCUGGGCGAUGCCUUGCCAGAGUGUUGAGGUCAAGGCCAAAGAACAAGCAAGUGCUAUGUAAUGCAGCAUGCCUAGUUGCUAACCUAGCAACAGGAGAACAAGACCAGGGAUCACUGUCAGAGUGCGUAGACUCCCUAUGCACCCUGCUUUCUGAGUUCCGCUCUCAGAAGGAGCUCCUAAAACAUGUCGCCAGGGCCCUAGCCAACUUUGCCAAGUACCGCCACAAUGCUUUCAGACUUGUGGAACGUUUGCCAGUAAUUAUCACAAUUUGUUUGAAGUCAAAUGCUGAAGACGUUGCUCAACAAGGAAUGAGAAUCGUUCUGCAUCUACUCCAGCAUUCCCCGGAUUCUACCAUCAACUGUCUCCUCACUGAUGGUGCCACAGAUCUCCUAAAGUUCAUAUCCAAAUCACCAGGGAUGGUGGAUGCUAUGCAGAGUACACUCCUCAUGCGAGCUGCCGAGAGAGAAGCGCCCUCUUGAGUUCAGUAUGUUAUAGGCAAGCUGUAUUUCAUUCCGAUCUCCCGAGACUGAGGAGAACACGCCACUGAUAUCUUACCAGUGAAUGGAUAAGAUUUGCUAUUUUAUAUGAUCAAGAAAAAAAGUAAAAGAAAUUUACUUUACAAGUACUACCUUCUCCAGUUAUGUAAUUGGAUUUAAGCCCUGAUUGGGCAGAGUUUUGUAAUUGAAUAAAUUACUACAUUUAGCUACUAUACUUGCCGAUAGAGUCUAAUGGAAUUUACUACAGAUAUGAUACCUAAAGAGUGUAAUAGCCACCAAUAAAAUUUCCCCAAGGUGUCUUACAACUAAAUAACCCUCAUGCAUCAGGGAAACCUGCAAUUGUAUUUUAAACUGCUAGUUUAAUUCACGAGUUACCAAUGUGGGGAGGGAGGGUGGCGGGAGAAGGAGGGGGGGGGGGGUAAGGUAAAGUUAAGACAACUUCAUUUUCCCCUCAAAAAGUGGGGUGUUGUUUAGUUAAAUAACCAAGCACUCUAUUUUCAGUGUUCUUCUUACUCCUUACCCUUUUUCCCCCACCCCAUAUUUUUCUCCUCUAAUAAUUUUUUUUAUCAAUUGGAAAAAUAAUAUAUAUAUUUUUUUUUUUGGGGGGGGCACUUCCUUGCCCCCAACCCCACUGUGGUGCGGGUGCUGCCCCUGAUUGAAACCAAGGGUGAAAACAAAGUCCACACUGAAGAAAUGCAGCAGAGGGCAUGUCGGUGCUCCUCAAAUAUAAAAUCAGUGCAUAAUUUUAUACAGUUAUGCUGGAUACUAUAACAACUUGUCGAAAGGAACAAUUAAAUAAUGAUAAAAUUUGUACUCUGUCGAUAGUCAGUACUGUAUACUUGUUAGAUAUUUUAUCAUUCAAGCAUCUAAAUCAUAAUGAUUGAAAUUCUUAUCAUGAUGGCAGUCAUGUUUGAAAUCAUGAUUGCAUUUAUGAUGAUUGAAAUCAUUUCAUUUGUGAUGACUAAAUUUAUGAUUGCAUUCAUGAUGAUUGUAAUCAUGAUUGCAUUCAUGAUUGAAAUCAUGAUGACAGUCAUGAUAAAAAUCAUAAUAGCAAUUGUGAUGACUAAACCUAUGAUUGCAUUCAUUAUGAUUGUGAACAUGAUAUCAAUCAUGAUUACAGCCACAAUGAUUGAAAUCAUGAUUGCAGUCACAAUGAUUCAUAUCAUAAUUCAAGUCAUGAUUACUUAUCACAAUGAUUCAUCUCGAUCUCAAGUAAUUAAAAAUCAUAAGGAUUGAAAGAAUCAGUGAGCUGACUGUAAUUCUUAACUAGACAGCACCGAGGCUCAAAAACAUGCAAGUCAGGAUGCAUCAUCUGUUCAUUGAUCAAACGAUUCACAAGUUGAUUUCCUUUUAAGAUAUUACUCAAUAUAUGACGCACUUGACCCAGGUGAAGUAAAUGUGAACCUUGCCUGAAAUAGCUUAUGACUAUAUGUAUUUGAGAAGAUAUUUAAUCAUUCCUUGUAAUUAUCAUAAAUUAUUACAUGUGAUUUUAAUAUUUUUUAUCCAUGAAUUGUAUUGUGAGAAGAUACUUUUGUACAUGAAAUAAUUCUUUAUCUUCUUUUGGUAUAUCUGUAUGUUUAUCAUGGACAUUUCUACUAUAAAAUAUUAUUUUUACAAAAAAAUGCAUUGUACUCCUUUAUUCAAAAUUAUAUGUAAAUAUCAAGAAAUAUCAUGUGCCAAGAAUUUUGAAAGAAAUGUACUUACAUUCACCCGAAACAAAUGAUGAGCCAAAGUGAAAUAUUGAUCAGCUUUCACUGAUUUUUGUGGACAUGGUCUUUCUUAACAUUUCAAAAUAUAUGUCAAAUUUUAUACUUUACAAGAUUUUCUGUGAUACUCAAAAUCGUAUAUACAUGUUUAUGUAGGCUUACAUGUAAACACCGUAUUUUGAUGAUGAUGAUGAUCCACAGCAUUUAUAUUGCGCAAUAUUUCUGUUAAAAAAAUUCAUAGGUGCAGGCUCAUCCAAUUAAGCUAAUUACUACACAUCUGCUGAAAUAAGUGAGUUUUGAGAGAUGAUUUGAAGAGUUCAAUGUUGUUCAAAGAGUUGAAUAUUUUACCUAAUACUUCGGGAAUAACAACUCAAAUUGUAGCUGGGAGAAAAGGCCAAGUUUUGAAUUUUCAGACCUUAAGAUUGCAAUGAUUUUUAUACCACCUCCACCGUAAGUGGUUACUUUGCCAGAAGCAUUGUGUUUUGGGGUCAUCUAUCCUUUUGUCUGUCCUCCGUCCAUCCUGUUUUUGUUCUCGUGAUAACUAAAGUAUCGUUUGACGAAUCAACUUUACUCCAAUCGUGGACCAAGUAUGCAUGAUUAUAGAAGUGAAGAUGAUCAAUUAGUUUUUGGGGGGUCACAAGGUGAACUGUCACAGGGGUCAUUAUAUACCUAAAAAUGUCGUGUUCUUAAGAUAACUUAUUUGAAGCAUCAACUCCAAACUUGGCUCGUGUAUGUUUAUUGGAGCGAUGAUAAACUGAUUAGAUUUAGGGGUCAUGAGGUCAAACGCCACAGAGGUCAUUACACACUGCAAUAUCGUUUUCUUGUGAUAACUGAAGAAUUGUUUUGAGGGUUCAAGCCCAAACUUGGUUCAUGUGUUUAUGUGAGGAUGAUGGGGGGAGGGGGUGUUUCACAAGCACUUAAAUAUCGUUUGCGUGCAGUAUAUAACACGUUAUCGCAUUUGUCAGAUCGUGUGAGACGGGAUGGGCAUCACCUUGUAUCAAUCAAUACGCGUAAAAUAACGUGUGUGUGUUGGCGAUUAAGCAUGACUCUUAAGUCACACCUAACUUUUUGUGAACCCCCCUCCAAUUAUAUUUGGGGGUCACAGGGUCAAAGGUCAAACAUUUAAAAACAUUAAAAGCUACAUGUACAUGAAGGUGUUUAAUAUACAUUGUUCUUUAUCUGGCCAUUGUGGAGGCAUAAAUUUUGACUGUGUGCAGUUAAUUUAUAAUUAGAUAAUAAAUUCUUUCUUAUUUUGAGUGGAACAUCAUUAUUUAUUAUGAUUCAGAAAAUUAGACAGGAGGGGAUGUUCCAUGUUUUAAUGUUGACAUCAAAUGUAAUAAUUUUUAUUCUGAAAUUGGGUUGCAAACUAGUUGGAGGGUAUAUAUAUGGCAUGCUGAAACCUUUAAUCACAUUUGUAAGCAGUCAUCAGUACUUAAAAUCCAUUUUGCAUACUUAAUUUGGUGCUAUGUCACACAAGGCUCAGGCAAUGAACACAAGAUUCCUGAAUCUUUGCAUCAUGUGCAAAGGAAUGUGCGUACAAUGUGUACUUUGCACAUAAUAUAUCACUUUUUUAUGAAAUAAUACAAAACUUGAAACUAAACUUCUGAUUUUUUUCUUAAAUUGUGAUUGUGAGGGGCUCUCUUUAAUAUUUUUUUUUACUCUACUCAAACAAACCUUUUAUUUCGGUUGGACAUAGCCUGUGAUAAAUGUUUAUACAAACAACUGUUAAUGGUACUGCCCAUGUAUUGGGUCAAUAUUUUCAUGUAUUGCAUACAUGAUAUAUUUUUGCAAUUUUUUAAUUUUUCAGAACAUGUCAGUGUUUGUUAUUGUAUUUUUAUAUUUUGGUAGCAAAGACAAUAUUGUCAUACAGAAAGGAAUUUUUGACUGAUGGUGAUCUCAUUGAAAUAAAAACCAGUGUGGAAUUUUGUAUUUUACAAUACAUGAAUGAUAUAAAAUGGACACUGUAGUUGUAUUAAACAUUCUCUUCAAAUCAUUCAUCACAAUACAGAUUGGUAUUGUUAUGAUAUAUAGAACUUAAAAACAAUAUACAUAUAUGUAAGACCA